CAAAAUGGCGGAUGAAUCAAACAGGAUGCCAGACCAGUGCAGGACCCCUGAAGGACUCGGCAGUGGUGUGCCUGCUGUCAAACUGAACUCCAGUCUUCCUUCUCACAGGGUCAGAUCCCCACUGGACUCCCCCUUCAGCAGGAGCUUCAUGUCUCCCUCGGGCCGUAAAUUCUGGAACCCAGCAUCUUCUGGUCCCUUGCAGAAUGUGAAGAACACCCUGGGGACAUUCGGUACCCCCUCCUAUCCCUCCCCCCUGGACAGGAUCAGGACAGGGAAAAGAGAGCGUGCAGCACAGUUAGGUUUGGACAGCAAUGAUGAAGAGCCGUCGUUUGAAGGGAACCAGUCGUUCCCUAAACCUCUCAAGUCCCAGUACAAGGUUGACAAGACUCCUGAGGUCAAGUGUGCUCUGGAUGGGUUCAAAGGUGAUGGCCUCCAUGAGUUCAGUUUCUCCCCAGGGUUAUCCAAGGGGACAUUCUCUCCCGUCCCUAUCCCAGGGCCAGAUCCCCGGGCCAGUAUGUCCCUGGGGACCAGCUGGUCCUUCUAUAACUACGUGGGAGGAGGGGAGGUCGGGAUGACCUUUCCCACAUCAGUCAGGAACCCCAACAAGGCCAUCGUGACUAUCAAGGCUCGUAGUACUGAGAUUCUCAUGGCCAAUGAAAUGGCCUGUGAACUGUUCGCCUACAAUGAAGAUGAACUGAUAGGUGCACGUCUCACUGACCUAGUGCGUCUGAAGAAGAAGGAACAGGAAGCACUGAUGGAGACGGAACUAGAGGAUGAUGGGAAGGUUGUGUCUGUGGCGGGGAAAGUGUUUGAUGCAGUAGACUCCAGUGGGGUGGUAGUACCAGUGUCUCUGUGGUUGAAGAAGCUGCCUGUCAUGGAGGGAGAACUACGCUGUAUAGCAGUAAUGGAGCCAGUGGAGAGGACCACAGCUUCUGUGACUUUCGACAGCUCUGGCACCGUCCUCCUCUGUGACCAGCAGAUGGCGUCACUGCAUGGCUACAACUCGCCUAAUGACCUGAUAGGGACAAAACUGACCAGUUAUAUCCCAGCGGUCAGACUGCCCUCCUCUGGCUCAGCACUGACCAAGGAAAUAAAGAAACAGAGAGCAACAGGAAGAACAAAAGAUGGCGCCACAUUCCCUCUCAGUAUUGCUAUCAGGAAGACAGAUCCUGCCAAGGAGACAGACAGACUACCACCUCAGCCUCCUGACUUAUACAGCAUACCAAGAACCAGCACUGGGGAUUCUAGUAACAUAUCUAUGGUGGUGGGAGGGAGAACGCCUGAUGUCGAUGUGUCACUAGAGCCCUCUGGUGGCUGUAUUAAUGACGCCUUUGAGAGUAGUUUCACUCUGGACCAAUCAG